AUGGACAGCUUCACGUUAUCCCCAGAGGUAAACGAUCUUUUGGAAUUCGACAAAAGUCACUUAUGGCAUCCAUAUACUUCUAUGAAAAAUCCUUUACCCGUAUACCCAGUAAAAUCAGCUAGUGGAUCCCUUAUCACCCUGGAUGCCUCGACGAAUGGGCCAUUGAACCCCACUUUAGUGGAGGCAAUGUCGUCUUGGUGGUGCAUGAUCCACGGUUACAACAAUACGGAGAUUAACGAGGCAAUGAUCUCGCAGAUUCAGCGCAUGUCCCACGUUAUGUUUGGUGGUUUAACCCAUGCACCAGUAAUUCAUCUGGUGCAGAGAUUGUUGGCUUUAGUUGGCCAUAGAAAGCUCCAAUGCUGUUUCAUGGCGGAUUCUGGCUCGGUAGCAGUUGAAGUAUCAAUGAAAAUGGCUUUACAGUAUGAAUUCACCAAGAAUGGUGACAAAAGUGGAAAAUGCAAAUUCUUAGCGGUUCGGAAUGGAUACCACGGCGACACAUUCGGAGCUAUGAGCGUGUGUGAUCCUGUAAAUUCCAUGCACUCCUUGUACAGCGGCUAUUUACCUGAAAACAUUUUUGUUUCAGCUCCUUCGAUGCUGGACACACUCCCUACGUCAAAAGCCUUCAAGGAAGCGCCUGAAAUCUUCAAAAUGGCAGCCAAUUGGCGUUCGUCGGAUAUUGACGAAUUGAGGGCUACCGUCGAAGAGCGGCACUCCGAGAUUUGCGCCUUGAUUCUGGAACCCAUUUUGCAGGGAGCUGGUGGUAUGAGACUCUACCAUCCCCAGUACCUAAUUGAGGCUCGUAAGCUGUGUACAAGGUACGCUAUUCCCCUUAUCAUGGACGAGAUCGCCACAGGGUUUGGGCGGACUGGUGAGAUGUUUGCUUUUCACCAUUGUAAAGUGUACCAAGACGGACUGAAAAUCGCGGCUGAAGAUCAAGUGGAUGUCUACCCGGACAUUCUGUGUGUGGGAAAGGCAUUGACAGGUGGCUAUAUGACAUUGAGCGCAGUGAUCACCACAGAUCAUAUCAAAGAUGUCAUUUCGAGUCCUAACAGCGUCACUGGUGGGUGUUUCAUGCACGGCCCAACAUUUAUGGCCAAUCCACUAGCAUGCAGUGCUGCUAACAAAUCCUUAGAAAUACUCGCAAGAGGUCACUGGCGCGAGCAGACCAGCCGCAUCGAAAAACAAUUGGUACAUCAGCUGUAUGUUCCCUUGAAGAAUGAUGAGCAGCUCAUGGGCUCCCUCAUUCAAGACGUGCGAGUUGUAGGGGCUGUAGGAGUGGUGGAGCUUCAAAAUCCAGUAAAUUUAUCGUGGUUUCAUCAAAGGUUUGUGGCCAAGGGUGUUUAUGUGAGACCAUUCAACAAGCUUAUCUACAUUAUGCCACCAUAUAUCAUAACAGAGAAUGAGUUGACGAAGGUAACUCACACAAUUAUAGAGGUGAUCCAAGAAUGGAAACAAGAGCUGGAUAGACGUAAAAAUUGUUGA